UGACAUGCGCGGUUAUUUGGCGGGAAGUGACAUUUUACUGCUUUUACUGCACGUUGCACGGGAGUUUUCGACAACAAAUGUCUGCAACUUUAGAGCAAAUUUUCAAACGAUCUACUUCAUAUCCACCAAAAAUGAAACCGAAGGGAAGAACAGAGCUCGGAGACAUCACAGCACAUAACAUCAAACAGUUGAAAAAGUUGAACUCAGUUGUGUUCCCUGUCAGCUAUAAUGAUAAGUUUUACAAGGAUGUCCUUGAAGUGGGGGAGCUGGCAAAACUGGCCUUCUACAAUGAUAUAGUUGUGGGUGGAGUCUGUUGCAGAGUUGAUCAAACAGAGGAUGCCCGUAGACUCUACAUAAUGACCUUAGGAUGCCUAGCUCCUUAUAGGAGAUUAGGAAUUGGAACUAUUAUGCUAGAACAUGUGCUCAAAGUUUGUGAAAAAGAUGGAAAUAUUGACAACAUUUACUUGCAUGUACAGAUCAGUAACCAAGGGGCAAUAGAUUUUUACCAGAAAUUUGGAUUUGAAAUUAUUGAAACAAAGAAACAAUACUACAAAAGAAUAGAUCCAGCCGAUGCUUAUGUCCUACAGAAAACACUAAAGAACAAAGAUAAGGAAUAACAAGAAUUAAUAGUGCACCCUUCUUAUGUGUCUGUAAAUGAAUUCAGUUUAAAAUAGGUAAAUAUAGUAGUGUAUAUUUGCCAAACUUGAUGGGAACAGCCUUUAUACAAGAAUGUUCUGUAUGGAGAUAUCCAUACAGGAGAUACGCCUUGAUUUUUUUUUAUCAGGACCACCAUGCUAUAGCUGCUGAGUAGUCCCAGAAUUCGACCAUGCCCACUGGGUGGAUGGAUUGAGCUAGUCCAGACCUGGGCUCUUUGUGCUGGGGACUUGGGUUGUGGGGGAGGAACACCAGUCUUGCUUGAGCAAGUGCAUGAACAUGAUUUGCGGCAAAGAUUUAAAAGUGCAACUGUUGCCACAAAGUUUGUUUUGAGUCGACAGCCUGCCUCUUUUGUAAACAAUAAUGUUUUCCAACAAGACACUAUAUUCUUGAUACGAAAAAAGGUGGUUACAGAUGUAGCGAGACAUUCCUUUGAAGCCAGAGUGCAAAGAGCCCAGGUCUGGACUAAGAUUGAGCAAAAAUGAAUACUGUCAGAGCCCAGUAAUGACAGGAACAUCCUACACAAGAAAAAAAACUGUUUUCCACCUGUAUUUAUGCAAUCUUAGUGUCUCUGUCCAGCAGACACCGUCAUUCACAUUACAUGUGAUCCUGCAUUGAAUAAUACAAGGCAAACCUUGGAUCACCAAUCUGGACUUAAUCCUGUCCAUGCCCGCUGCGGUUAACCAAGGGAACUAAAAACAUUUGUGUGGAAUUUCUCAGUCUUCAUUCUUGUAACAUUGAUCUGUUGAGUACAUGCCCUGAAAAUCAUGGUGUAGCCCUCAUGGUGUAGCCCAUAUAUUUUGCUCAUAUUGAAAUAACAGCUCUACAACUGCCAUUACCUGAAAAUUCCUUGGAAACUGUAAACAUAUUUCACUUUAUUGUUUAAAAGGUAAAUUUUAUGUACCCAAAUGGAACCCCUGAUGUAACAAAAACUGACUGAUGUAGAAAGUAAAGAAUAAUGGAUAAACCAUUUUAUUUUCAAGUAAUUUUACUCCACUACUCCACUUGUUUAUACUUAACAACUUUACACUGCAGAAAAAUAAAUAUGAACACUUUGAAUUUAUGCUGUAAUCUCAGGAGCAAUCAUUGGGCUAUGAAUCUUAUUGUUGAAUAAAAAAAUGAUUCAACUAUAAA